AUGGGGCCCAGGACCCCUUUGCUUUCUUUUUGGGUUUGCACCUUUGCCAAGACAGGGAUUUUGUUCCCAGGAGGCACUCCCCGGCCCAUGGGAUCUCAGCAUUCAAAGCAACACAGGAAACCUGGGCCCCUGAAACGGGGCCACCGAAGAGAUCGGAGAACAACCAGGAGGAAGUACUGGAAGGAAGGAAGGGAGAUCGCUCGUGUCUUAGAUGAUGAGGGCAGCAACCUGCGGCAGCAGAAGCUCGAUCGGCAGCGGGCCCUGCUGGAGCAGAAGCAGAAGAAGAAGCGCCAGGAGCCCCUGAUGGUGCAGGCCAAUGCCGACGGGCGGCCCCGGAGCCGGCGGGCCCGGCAGUCGGAGGAGCAGGCCCCCCUGGUGGAGUCCUACCUCAGCAGCAGCGGCAGUGCCAGCUACCAAGUUCAGGAGGCCGACUCGCUUGCCAGUGUGCCCCUGGGAGCUGCCCGCCCCACAGCGCCAGCCUCAGCCAAGAGGACCAAGGCAGCCGCCGCGGCGGGGGGCCAGGGCGCGGCCUCUGGGAAGGAGAAGAAGGGGAGGCACAAAGGCGUCUCCAGCAGCAUGAGCUUCGAAGAGGAGGAGGAGGAUGAGGACGAGAACAGCUCCAGCUCCUCCCAGCUGAACAGCAACACCCGCCCCAGCUCUGCGACGAGCAGGAAGUCCAUCAGGGAGGCAGCCUCAGCCCCCAGCCCCCCAGCCCCAGAGCCGUCGGUGGAUGUUGAGGUCCAGGAUCUUGAGGAGUUCGUCCUGAGGCCGGCCCCACAGGGGAUCACCAUCAAGUGCCGCAUCACACGGGACAAGAAGGGCAUGGACCGGGGCAUGUACCCCACCUACUUUCUGCACCUGGACCGUGAGGAUGGGAAGAAGGUGUUCCUCCUGGCGGGAAGGAAGAGAAAGAAGAGUAAAACUUCCAAUUACCUCAUCUCUGUGGACCCAACAGACUUGUCUCGAGGAGGGGACAGCUACAUCGGGAAACUGCGGUCCAACCUCAUGGGCACAAAGUUCACCGUUUAUGACAAUGGAGUCAACCCUCAGAAGGCAUCAUCUCCUUUGGAAAGUGGAACCUUACGUCAGGAGCUGGCUGCUGUAUGCUACGAAACAAAUGUUUUAGGUUUCAAGGGGCCGCGGAAGAUGAGUGUGAUUGUCCCAGGCAUGACCAUGGUUCACGAGAGAGUCUGUAUCCGGCCCCGCAACGAGCAUGAGACGCUGCUAUCACGCUGGCAAAAUAAGAACACGGAGACUAUCAUUGAGCUGCAGAACAAGACGCCUGUCUGGAAUGACGACACGCAGUCCUACGUACUCAACUUCCACGGGCGCGUCACUCAGGCCUCCGUGAAGAACUUCCAGAUCAUCCACGGCAAUGACCCGGACUACAUUGUGAUGCAGUUUGGCCGUGUAGCAGAGGACGUGUUCACCAUGGAUUACAACUACCCAUUGUGUGCGCUGCAGGCCUUUGCCAUUGCCCUGUCCAGCUUCGACAGCAAGCUGGCCUGCGAGUAGAGGCCACCUCGUGCCCUCUGGGGUUGCCCAGCCUGGAGUGGAGCUGCCUGCCUGCGGAGACAGCCUUGCCGACCCCCUGUACAUAGGCCUCGUGCCAGGUGACCCUUUGGCUCUCAGUGGGCUCCUGGGCCCAGCCAUCCAGGUACUGGCUCCUGCGCCUCCACUGCUGAUGCAGAGGAGUGGGGGAUAUGAAGGGACCAGCGUGAAUUCUUUCUGCGCCCCAAGAUCAACGCCCCCACCCCCGACCCUUGGGUUGGUAUCCUGCUGCAGUCACGUUUGCCAAGCUGAGCAGCCUCUUCAGCCGGGGAGGCAGGAAGAGGUGUAGAGGGAGAGGAAGCACAGUGCAGGGCUGCGGGGCCGUGCACUCAGCCCAACUGUGAGGGGCCCAGUGAGUGUGUGUGUGUAAGUGUUAGGGCACACCUACUUUACAGAGCAGAGGGCUGGGGAGCCGAGCCUGGCCCUUACAACUACACAAAGUUCUCCAGCUUCAGAAGGCCUCAGCUGGGCCUGGGAAGAGUUACGGGCAUGGGGAAAGGUGAGUGGCAGGACCUUGCCAGGGUUGCAGGGGCCCGGCUGUGGCUGUGGGAAUUGGCUGGUGGCUAGGGUUUGAGCUCAUUUGAUUUCUCUGUGUGCACAGAGGCAGCAGGAGGCCAGCCCCCAAGGUCAGAUCUCUUAUAGAGGAUGGGGCCUGCAGGACGCAGGCUCAGCAUACAGGCGGCACGUGGGACAGGGCUGUUCCCCAGGAGCUCCCUGCUGAGCAGUCCCUGCACAAACCCCAUGAACCCCAGGACACCAGCCCCAGACUGCACACAGGUAGGCGUGCCUGGAGCUCCCGCCUGUGCUUCAGCUCCCACUGCAGUCAGCCUGGGCUGUGGUUGCUGAGGGACUGUAUGUGGUUCUUCUUAGCUGGGAAUGGGACAGGGUAAGGAGAGCAGGAAAUGUUUCAGAACCACAAAAGAUCUGAGAGAUCAUCUAGAAAGUAGGACUUGCCCUGGGUCACCUGGCUGGUUAGGGGCAGAGUUCGGAGUUUCAGCUCCCUUGUCCCCACCAUCCCCCAAGAAACUGCUCUCUCUAACCUUCCUGGGGCACAGUCCGCAUGCCCGUGCACCUGAUUCCGGAGACUUAGGGAUGUUCAGUGGGAAACUGGGCAGUUCCCUGCCGAAAGCUGCCUGGAUUUUUGCAUGUCCGUCUGAUAGUGACUGGCCUGUGCCUGGCUCCUCCCCGAGGGCAGGCCUCAGCAAGGCUGCUGCCCAUUUUGCUACCUAGGUGUGACGGGUGGGUUGUGGGUGUUCAGGGCUGCGCCUGACCUCUCCCUCCGCCGCCCUCCUCCGUGGAUGGUACCAUCUACUCUGACAACUUGGGAAGUCUUGCAUAUUUGUCAUUUACCCUGACAGAGGCUACUCACCCAGAUGGAGAUCGGAAAUCAGUGGGAAGCAAGCAAGGGUUGUUCCCCACUUCAGAGCAGAUGUGCUUGGAAAGACUACAUAGAAGUCGGUUUUUUAAGAAGUAAACAUGUUAGCAAGGCUCUGAGGUGAAGUUGUUCUGACUUCAGUGGGAGUAGUAUGCUCUCAUUUCCUGGUAAUCUGGGUUUUCCUACGUUGAGUGCUUAAAGCAAGACAUUCUUGUU